AUGUUUUUACUCAAUAUUUUUAUGUUUAUUUUAUUAACAUUUACCAUGGCAAUAUUGCAGCCAUUCAAAACAUUUUUGUCAUUUUCAGCUGCCUUUAACGCCCCCCAAUUUCCCUUUCAAUACAUACAUUUUUUAGCACCGUUCCCUGAUUGUCUGCAGAACCCAAAAGAAACCGUCGAUUUUGGCGCUGCCGCCCUUUUAUGUUUCUUCUACUCAAUCCACAACAACGACAACGCUCAUUACUCGGAUUCCCCCUCUCUGGCUUUUUUUUGCUUUAACGCUAAUAAGUGUGCCAACUCUCUGUGCCCUUAACACGCUGUAUAUGCCAAUAACUGGAUUGCCAUAAGUAGAAAAUACCCAUAUGGCCGAGAGGGACAAUUUGUCCUAUUUUCGUCAGAUGGGCAUUUUGAUGUCCAAUACUUCUAUUGGACAUUUUGGCCAUUUUUCUUUUGCUUGACCAUUUUGAGACCUUUUUCCUGUAAGACUUUUAUAUCUUCCUGUUUGGACGUUUUGUCAUCUUUUCCUCAAUUGGACAUUUUGAACAUUUUCUUGCAACUGGACAUUCUUCACCUAGCUAGCUGUCUUGCUUUUC